ACAGGGACUACCAACCACCCCCCCACCCCGCCCCGUGCAGGGUGGGGAGCGAGGUGACGCAAUGCCUGCAAUCCCGAGGAGCGGGGGGAGGAGGAUUGCUGCGCCGCGGCGGCGGCAGGGCGAGCGGAGAGGGCGCGCUUCCCCGGCGAAAGGGGGGCUCCCCGCGUGGCCCCGCCCCUGCUGGCCGAGGCGAGGCGGGGCGAGGAGGGCUGGGGCCGCUGCCUAUCAGCAGAGCUCUGCGCCGCUGCUCCAGCCCGCGCGGCUGCCUGCAGGUGAAUUGAAAGUCGUUGGCGGGGAGGGAAGGACACAGCCGCCUUCGCGUCCUCGGCUGCUCUGCGCUGCUGCUGCUGCUGCAGUCCUGGCAGUGGCUGCCGCCGCUGGGGCAGCAGCCCGCGAAGAAGCCCUCACGCCCACCCCGGCAGCCGCGCGGCCGCUCCUGGGGCAACCGCAGGGCGACUGCGCUGUCCCGGCGGCCGGGAGGUGCCCGCCCCAAGAGGAGCGCCGGGCCCCUCAGGCAUGUCUGCGGCGCGGGGCUCCCCGCUAGCCAGAGACCUCGACGGCGCAGGGAGGACGGGCAGCCUCAAGCGCGCAAAUCUCCCAAAAUCACAGCUAGCAAGAUGCUACUCUGUUAUGAUGCCCCAUCAUGCAUCAUGCCUUGAUGUCAGAGCUCCCAGGCAAUCUGGCUGGACCAUAGAAUUCCCUUAUGGAAAGUUUGACCAGGGAAAGAGCCACUUGCAUGCAGCCUCAUUAGACGAUGCAGAGUGCUUGUGGCCUAAGGAACUCAUUGCUUCUGGAAACAGCCAGACUUCUGGUUCCAAGCCAGGCCGCAACAUUCCUCGGAGACACACCGUAGGCGGCCCUCGGAGUUCCAAAGAAAUCCUAGGAAUGCAAACUUCAGAUAUGGACAAGAAGAGAGAAGCUUUUCUGGAGCAUCUAAAGCAAAAGUACCCCCAUCAUGCCACUGCAAUAAUGGGCCACCAGGAAAGACUGAGAGAUCAGACCAGGAGCCCUAAGCUAUCACAAAGCCCACAGCCCAAUUUGGGAGAUCAGGUGGAAUAUUUGUCAGAGGCAUCCGCGGAGUCUCUGGAAAUCAUGGCUGAAGGAGAGUCCCCAUCUCCUUUCUCCAGAGGAAGCCGUACACGGGCGAGUCUGCCAGUGGUGAGGACUACAAGCCAGACAAAGGAGAGAUCACUUGGUGUUUUGUAUCUUCAGUAUGGAGAUGAAACAAAAAAGUUAAGGAUGCCCAAUGAAAUUACAAGCACAGACACUAUCCGUGCCCUCUUCGUAAGUGCCUUCCCCCAGCAGUUGACAAUGAAAAUGCUGGAGUCCCCCAGUGUGGCGAUAUACAUCAAGGAUGAGAGCCGAAACAUCUAUUAUGAAUUAAGUGAUGUCAGGAACAUUCAAGACAGAUCUUUCCUUAAAGUUUACAACAAAGAUCCUGCACAUGUUUUUAAUCACAUGCCACAAGCUGUAAAUGGGGACAUCAGGAUGCAGAGAGAAAUCUUCCCAAAUGCUUCUCGGCCAGGAUCCACAGCUCAUCCUCCUCACACACUCCCGACCUCACCACCUGCGACCCCUGUGCCCCAUUCAAUGCCCCCUUCCCCUUCCAGGAUCCCAUAUGGCAAUGUCAGGCCAGUCGGUGGUCCUGGCAAUGCAACCAUUCCCAGGGACAGGCUUUCGAACAUGCCAGCAUCAAGAUCCAUUUCGCCCAGCCCGAGUGCCAUUUUAGAAAGAAGGGAUGUGAAGCCGGACGAGGACAUGGGUAACAAAAGCCUUACUCUUUUCCGGAAUGAGGGACUGUAUGCCGACCCAUACCUGUAUCAUGAAGGCAGGAUGAGCAUUGCAGGGUCGCAUACAGGCCACCCUCUGGACGUCCCAGACCACAUCAUUGCUUACCAUCGCAGCACAAUGAGGUCUUCAAGCACUUACUGUAAUCCUCCUAUGCAGCCUGAAAUUAUGGAGCAGUCCCUGUACCGGCAAAAAUCAAGGAAAUAUCCCGACAGCCACUUGCCAACUCUGGGUUCCAAAACGCCUCCUGCUUCUCCUCACAGGAUAGCCGACAUGCGAAUGGUAGACAUUCACCCCCAUCACAGCACCCAAGUGUCUCACACCAUUCACCUGGACAGGUCGUCUCCUAGUCGCCAAUCCCUUAAGAAAGAACCUGGGACUCCUGUGUUUGUGGAAGCAAAAGCACGAAAUGCAAUGGGUUUACCUGGCAUGGCUGAAGUAGCCCCAUCGGUUCCUGAGAAGAAAGCUUUUGGCUAUGGAACAGCAAUGAUACCCAAAGAGAAUGAGACCAGAGAGAGGAUGCAAGCCAUGGAGAAACAGAUUGCCAGUUUAACUGGUCUUGUUCAGUCUGCGCUUUUAAAAGGGCCAAAUACAAGUAAUAGCAAAGAUGCUUCUAGUGAGAAGAUGGUGAGAGUUGCACCUAGUAAGAGCAACAUGGAGAAGUCAGGAUCUGCUCAUGUAUCUAGUGGGAAGAAUUUGUCAGCAGCCAUUGAGGCUGCCCCUACAAGCAUCCGUCUCUCUGCGCCCGUUGGCUCCUCUGCCAUGCAGGUCAGCCUCUUUGAUAUGAAGCGCAACGUGACAGAUCUCCGGCUCCAGCUGCACCAGAUAAGGCAACUGCAGCUGCAGAACCAGGAGACGCUAAGGGCCAUGGUGAAGAAAGCCGAGCUGGAAAUCAAUGACAAAGUGAUUGAAAGAGCCAAGAGGCUGGAAGACCCCGUACAACGGCAGCGCCACCUGGUGGAGCAAGAAAGACAGAAAUACCUUAACGAGGAGGAAAAGAUUGUGAAGACCUUGUGUGAGCUCGAAAGUUUUGUUGAAGAACUGAAGAAGGAGUCUAUGGCAGCGAAUCGGAUAGUCACACUGAAAGAUGUUGAAGACGGAGCUUUCCUCCUGCGGCAAGUUGGAGAAGCUGUUGCCACCCUCAAAGGUGAAUUUCCAACAUUGCAGAAUAAAAUGCGGGCCAUACUCCGCAUUGAGGUAGAAGCUGUGAGGUUUCUGAAGGAGGAGCCCCAUAAACUGGACAUCCUGCUGAAGAGAGUCCGCAACAUGACUGAUACGCUUACUAACCUCCGGAGGCAUGUUACAGAUGGCCUGCUGAAGGGUGUGGAUCCUGUACAAGCUGCACGGUACAAUGCCAUGGAAAAAGCCACCGCAGCCGAAGUUCUGAAAAACCAGGACGACUUACCCAACAGCCCAGCGUCUCCGCAGCAUGCUGGAGCUGAGGCUCAGACGGAGCCAUCCCUCAAGUCCGAAGUGGUUCCUGUCUCCACCCUGAGAGUCCACCACGCACAAAGCUCUCCGGUGGUCAUCCACCAGUCUCAGCACUCCUCGGCACUGGUCAGUCCUGCCCCCAGUUCUCCUGUGACAAACAGCCAUGCAGCAGUUUCGCCAGCAUCAAACCACCCAAGCGCCAGCGGGCCAGAAUCUACGGCAGCAGCAACCACCACCGCCGCCACCCAACCAGCGCAGGCACCCCUGUCACCCGGGGUGGCAGUGAACGGCUCCAACAUGCAAAGCCUUUUUAUCGAAGAGCUGCACAGUGCCAGUACCAGGAACAGAGCUCUGUCGAUUGAGAAAGCAGAGAAGAAAUGGGAAGAGAAAAGACAAAACCUAGAUCACUACAAUGGAAAGGAGUUUGAAAAACUCUUAGAAGAAGCACAAGCAAAUAUCAUGAAAUCAAUCCCAAACCUCGAGAUGCCUCCACAAGCACCUGUCUCUUCAAAAGCUGAUGCAGCAGAAAAAUUAGAAGUCUCUGAAGAGACUCCAAAAGCAGAACAGGAGACCGAAAAGCCAGUAAAGUCUCCACCUCCUCCACCUCCACGCCGCACCUACCUGGUAGGAUCUGGACUAAGCACAAGACUGGGUGAAAUCAGCUACAUGGCCAGAAAAGACAACACAAUCGUCAAGGAAAGCAGUGAAGAUGCCGGUCAAGGAGGACAGCCCAAAGUACCGAAAGAAGAUCAUGCUUCUCCUCAAUCCCUCCUUAUGGGCAUAGUUCCACCUGCAAAAGAAGAGGAGGAGGAAGAAGGAGACAGAAUAAUGGCAGAAUUACAGGCUUUCCAGAAGUGCUCUUACAUGGAGGUAAACUCAAACAGUCAUGUUGAACAGUCCAGAAAUGACACACACACAAAAGACACAAGGCCUGUGGCCCUCACACAUCCAAAGGAGAAGAAGGUGUAUGGGGAGGCAACAAAAGAUAGUGACCAUCCCAUGGACAAGACGGAAGGGAGAAUGGAAGAGAUGGUCUCAGAUGCUUCCAGCAUGACUGAAAGCAAAGCUAGCUUUUCAAAGACAGAAAACACUACCUUCAGCAAAUAUUUGCUUUUGGAGAAUAAGGAUUCUGCCACAAAAACUGUUCUUAAGCCAAACACAAACCUCUCCAGCGUGCUGGAAAACAAAAGGAAAAAGGGGCCCGAAGGAGCACAAAAUGUAGAUACUGAAAGACAAAGCCUGAACUAUUGUGUGGUGAGAGAGGCUGGAAAUGGUGCCUCCUCACAGACUGAGCUACUAGAAGUUGAAGGGGCACCUCUUGUCAUGCAAACAGACUCACAAACUCAGGAGAUUUCAGUCUCUCCUAAAUUACCACACAAGCAAGAAGUGCCUGCUAGUGGUUAUGGUCCUGUCAUCCUAAGGCAUAAAGUAUCAAGGAACAUCACCUUAAAUAAUAUUGAUGAAGUAGAGUCACCUGCUAGUUCUCCAGGUGAUGAAAGCCCACCCUCAGAGAACAUUGCUUUCAUGAUCACCAGAACAGCAGUCCAGGUUCUGUCAAGCGGGGAAGUCCACGAUAUAGUCAACCAGAAGGGAGAUGAUGUGCAGACUGUGAACAUUGAUUCCAAAAAGGAAAAGGCAUCCCAACAAGGCAUGCCAGAGAAUCCUGACAGCGAAGAACCCGUUGUUUGCAUGGACAAAAAACCAGUUAUCAUCAUUUUUGAUGAGCCAAUGGAUAUCAGAUCAGCUUAUAAAAGACUUUCUACAAUAUUUGAGGAAUGUGAUGAAGAGCUGGAGAAAAUGAUGACAGAGGAGAAGAUAGAAGAAGAGGCAGAAGAAGAUGAAGAAGGAUCUGACAUGCUGGAUGCUCAGAAUUUAGAAAUGAUCGAAAGUAAGAGGAUGCCGAGAGCUGAUCAUAGAUUCAAACAACAGUUUGCACUCCAUUCUCCAUCGGAUUCUACAACACCUAUUAAACUCUCUGAAGGACAGGAAAUAGACAAUACAGAUCUAGUGAAACCAGGUUACAUGUAUGGGCCACAUCCAGAAUCAAAGCUGGAUGCUUCUGAUUCUAAGAAAAAGUUUAAAUUUAAAUUUCCUAAAAAGCAGCUAGCUGCUCUUACUCAGGCCAUACGGACGGGAACUAAAACUGGCAAGAAAACAUUGCAGGUUGUGGUGUACGAAGAGGAAGAGGAAGAUGGUACUCUGAAACAGCACAAAGAAGCUAAGAGGUUUGAAAUCCCUAGUUCUCAGCCAGACCAUGAUUCUGGGAAGCAAGAGCCGAACACCAGGCCACAGACGUCUAGGACUGAUGAGAUUAGAAAGAAUACAUAUCGGACUCUGGAUAGCUUGGAGCAGACCAUAAAGCAGUUGGAGAGCACCAUUAGUGAGAUGAGUCCAAAAUCCGUCCCUGAAGCUACAUGCCCAUUGGAGGGCACCACUGUCCCUGGUUUUUUCUCACCAAAAGAACCCAUAGUGCCGGAAGAGACUAAUAUUGAUGUAGAAUCCCCUUCAUCAAUCCCAUCAACUUCACGUAAGGGCUCAGCCAGCACUUCACAGACAAGCCGUAUGCCAGUCCCCACAGCCACAAAAAGUAGACAACAAGGAAGCAUGGACAAAACAAGCAAACAGCACAAGCUUCAGGAUCAACGCCAGUACAGACAGGCUAAUGGAAGUGCUAAGAAAGCUGGUGGGGACUAUAAGGCUACUUCCCCUACCCUAUCUGCUUCAAAAAUUCCAGCCUUUUCUUCCACCUCUGGGAAAAGUAGCUCUGUGCCUAGUGGCGAUAAUACUAACCUCCUGAGCCUACCCACUAAAGUCUCUGUUCCUUCUAACCCCCUCAGUCCUUCAACAGGUCGCCCUCCUCACUCCGCUUCCUUAAUCCCUUCUGUCUCUAACGGCUCCUUAAAGUUCCAGAAUCCAGCUCACGCAGGUAAAGGUCACCAUCCUCUUUCAUUCUCAAUACAGACUCAAAAUGGCCGGCCAACCCCUCUGCCUCCAUCUCCCUUUUCCUCAUCCUCCUUCUCCUCCCCCUCUUCCACCUCUCCUACAUCAUUGACUCAAGGUAUGAAGAGCAUCCGAUCAAUCCACACACCCAGCUUCACCAGCUACAAGUCACAGAAUGGAAGUGUCAGCAAACCCACCACAUCUUCCACCAUCACCAAGGAACCAUCUUAAAAGCUAUACACGGCCCCAUGCAAGUUCACCAAUGGCUUCUCCGUUGCUGAUGAAAUUGCCGCCAAUAUUGUAGUAGCUGGGGGGAUGGAUGCCAUCUUUGCUGUAUCAUUUGAGCUUAAGACUAAACUUGUGCUAAAUACUGGGUUGCUAUAAAUUAAAAGACAAAAGUAGUUUUGUAAACAUCAAUUGCUGUUGAAAUUCCAGAGUGGUUUUUUUCUUUUUCUUUUCUUUUUUUCUUUUUCUUUUUCUUUCUUUCUUUUUGUUUUGUUUUGUUUUGUUUUGUUCUUUUGGUUUUGUCCUUUAGCCAGAAACUGUUACAAAAAUACAGAGGGGUGUGAGUGAACUAAAAGUAUGUGUGCAAAGAAAUGUAUCUAUGAAGCAUGAAAAGAAAUGUAUUAAAAAAAACUGAGUUUUGUAUAAAGCUAUUUUUAAGUACAAGAACUAGCACUAAACAUCGUGUGAUAAUGCAAAAUUAUAAAGUUGAAACUAAAAUAUUUUUCUUUAAUUUUAGUGUUGUUCAAAUUUGUUACAGAUUUCUAUUUUUGUCAACAAAACUUCAUGGUUACUUUCAAAAAUCUUUUUUGCCAAACAUUUGAUACUAUUAUAGUGUACAUUUGAUAGUGGUAUGCUGGACACUUCCUCUACACAAACGACAAGAGUUAAGCUGGACCCUGAUGUGUACGAGGCAACUGUAACUAUUGCACUGCCAUUCAGAUUAUAUUUAAUAAUUUGCAAUGUCAAGAAAAAGAAUUGUUUUUACAUUUAGGCAUUUGCUGAUUCCUUUUAGCUAACUCUCCUCUUCCUUCAUUUUCCAUUUUACCGAGUCCUAGAUAAAUCAUGUUGUACAACAAUGUGGAUUUUUUUUUAAAAAGUGUACACUUAUGUACUGUUCUGUAUAAUGGAAAUCUUUUAUGUGUAUGUAUAUAAAUAUAAUAUAAAUAUAUAAAUAUAAAUAUAUAAAUACAAAUAAAUACUGUAUGUGGCUGGGCACAUAGAGUAGUUUUCAACACCAAAGGUCCAUUUUAUGCAUGUUUCUAAAAUAUGCUUUGGGAAACUAUCAAUAUGAGGAAUUUGGGGAGGGUUAGAGAGGGUUAGCAAGCAAAGCAAGAGUCUUCUUUUGUAAAUAUCUUAUUUGUACAACUCCAUAGUAUAAUAUACAUGAGCAAAACAAAACAAAACUUUGCAAAAAUAAAGGGCUGCAUGCUUACAUUUUGGUA